AUGGAGAAGGCACAACUCUAUGGUCAUAUGAGCUGGAUCAAAGCUAAUCAAGGAAAAUACGAGCAAGCAUUAGAAUUUGGUAAGAAGCCAUUGUUUAUAAAGCAAAAAGCUGGUCCACAGAAUCGUCUUGAUUUGGCUACAUCCUACAAUAACAUGGGCAUCAUAUACGUUCACAUCGGCGACUAUUCACAAGCAAUGUCAUUUUAUGAACAAGCUCUUGCCAUUCAGCAAAAUUUACUACCUUCGAAUCAUCUUGAAUUGGCUACAUCUUACAACAAUGUUGGUUGGGUACACGAUCGUACAGGUAACUAUUCAAAAGCACUCUUAUUCUACGAACAAGCCCUUGUAAUAGAAGAGCAAUCACUCCCGCACAAUCAUCCUGAAUUGGCCAUAUCAUACAAUGAUAUCGGUAGUGUAUACUACAAUAUGGGUAACUACUCAAAAUCACUAUCAUUAUUUGAAGAAGCUCUUACAAUUCAACUCCAAUCACUUUCACAUGAUCAUCCUCUUCUAGCCAUACAAUACAGCAACAUAGGUAGCAUAUAUAGCCACAUGAGGAACUAUACGAAAGCGCUCACAUACUAUGAAAGAGCUCUGUCAAUCCAACAAUCAUCACUUCCACAUAAUUACCCUCAGCUAGCUGCUUACUUCAGCAAUAUUGGCAGCGUGUAUGAUAGCAUGGGCAACUUUCCAAAAGCGCUCUCAUACUACGAGAAUGCCCUUGCAACUCAACUGCAGCUAUUUCCACACCAUCGCCCUCAUUUGGCAAUGCUUCACAGCAAUAUUGGUAGCGUAUAUGAUAGCAUGGGUGACUAUCCAAAAGCACUGUCAUUUUAUGAAAAAGCUGGUGAAAUUCAGCAGGCAUCACUUCCACAAACUCAUCCUGAUUUAGAAAAAUCUUAUAACAAAAUCGCUGACAUUCAUAUCAAGAUGGAAUGCUAUUCAAAAGCAUUAGAAUCUUACAAACGGGUUGUUGAAAUUCGGGAACAAACACAGCCACGGAGUAAUUCUGACUUAGCUGCAUCUUACAACAAUAUCGGUAGUGUGUAUGCACUUAUGUCUGAUUGUCGAAAUGCACUUUUAUUUCAUGAGAAAUCACUCCAAAUUCGACAGAGAUCAUUUCCACCAAAUCAUCUUGAUUUAUCCGUGUCCUACAAUAACAUCGCCGUAGUGUAUGAAUUCAUAGAAAAUAACUACGCUAAAGCGCUCACAUACUAUGAAAAAGCUGUGCAUAUCAGACAACAAUCAAUUUCAGCUAAUCAUCCAGACCUUCAGCAACAGAGAAAAAAUGUAGAACGCGUAAAACAAAAGCUGUAA